CUGUCAGUUGAACAAACGUAAACAAAGCAGCUUUGGCGGCAACAGUAUCCAGCUGUUUCCAGGAAGUCCUUUCAGAAUCGUAGCCUUCUACGAUCCCUUGCCAAGCUGCAUGUCCCUCAGACAGCUGCUACAGGGGCUACGUGCACUACCGGGGAUGCCUUUCUACGCCGUUGCCAAAGGACGCCAGGUGGGCAUAUUCUCCACAUGGCCCGAAUGCCAGGCACAGGUAAGCGGAUUUACCGGUGCUCGAUUUAAGAAGUUUCCGACCGAAGCAGAAGCAAACGCGUUCAUAGAUAAUAACCGUGAUGGUGGUGGAGGAAGUGUUCUCACCGGCAAAAAACCACCGACAGCGCCUAGCUGGAGCGGGAAGCGGAGUGCAUCCACGAGCUCGACUGGCGGAGCACUUCCACCGCCUAACAAGCAGGCGAAGAAAACCAUCCUACUCGACAAAGCUCCUACGGCGGUGGCUAAGAUGGUAAAGUACGGCGAGUACAGCUUCCUGCAGGAUGAGGACGGAUUUGUGCACGUGUACACGGACGGUUCGUGCGAGGGCAAUGGGACGGCCAGGGCCGUUGCCGGGCUGGGCGUGUACUUUGCCGAAGGACAUGCACUAAACACAGCCAAACCGGUCAGUGGCCGGGCGACGAACAACUGUGGCGAAAUACAGGCCGCCUCGCUAGCGAUCCGGCUCGCCCGGCAGCAAGGCAUCCGGCGGUUGGUCGUUAACACGGACUCACAGUUCCUGAUCAACGCCAUCACCAAGUGGCUGCCCGGCUGGAAGCGGCGCAACUGGACGCUGGCCAGUGGUGGGCCGGUUAAAAACCAGACCGAUUUUAUGGAGCUCGAGCGGGAGCUGAGUGCGGGCGAUAUCCAGAUCAAGUGGAACCACGUGGACGCGCACUGUGGCAUUUUGGGCAACGAGCGGGCGGACCAGCUGGCACGCAAGGGUUCGGAGAUGUAUCGAAUGGCAAAGCGACAGGGAUAACAGGGAUUGGUAGGAUCGUUAAGGAUCGUUCUUAAGAAGUGUUUAGAGCUUACAGCUUCAAACAUUUGACUGAGGAAUUGAAAGAAGGUGAAAUUGGACAACAAAACCGUGAUAAUACAGUGAAAAACAAACACUACACACCAAAAGGCAAUGAGAAAUUGUAGUUAAAUUUUAUUAAAUAGCGCCUUUCACCCAAACCCCCCUUUUCAUGUUCAAACGCUGCUUAUUUCUCCGUCCCUCUCUCUCUCUCUCUCUGCAGUUCCCGUAGAAGUAGUGUUUCCAUAUUUAGCUUAUGUUUAAAUGUUUUUUGUUUUGCUAAUAAUUACUUAAUUAAUGCUUUUUGCUUUGCUUGCUUA